AUGGCCACCAUUGUUCCUGUACCCAAGAAAGCUAAGGAGGGGUCAGAGGAGUCUCAAAGUGGAACGGCUCAAUCCUUCCAUCCGUCUGGGUGGCGGUGGAUUAGGACCCCUUCCCCCAGGCAGCCCCUUCCCCCAGGCAGCCCCGACACCAGGCAGCACCGACACCAGGCAGCACUGACACCAGGCAGCCCCAACCCCAGGCAGCCCCGACACCAGGCAGCCCCUUCCCCCAGGCAACCCCGACACCAGGCAACCCCGACACCAGGCAGCACCUUCCCCCAGGCAACCCCGACACCAGGCAGCCCCGACACCAGGCAGCCCCGACCCCAGGCAGCCCCGACCCCAGGCAGCCCCGAUCCCAGGCAGCCCCGACACCAGGCAGCCCCGACACCAGGCUGCCCCGGCACCCAACAGGCAGCACCUUCCCCCAGGCAGCCCCUUCCCCCAGGCAGCCCCGACCCAGGCAGCCCCGACCCCAGGCAGCCCCGACCCCAGCCCCUUCAGGCAGCCCCAGGCAGCACCGACAACAGGCAGCCCCUUCCCCCAGGCAGCCCCGACACCAAGCAGCCCCUUCCCCCAGGCAGCCCCGACACCAGGCAGCCCCGACCCCAGACACCAGGCAGCCCCUUCCCCCAGGCAGCCCCGACACCAGGCAGCCCAGGCAGCCCCGACCCCAGGCAGCCCCGAUCCCAGGCAGCCCCGACACCAGGCAGCCCCGACACCAGGCAGCCCCUUCCCCCAGGCAGCCCCGACAACAGGCAGCCCCUUCCCCAGGCAGCCCCGACACCAGGCAGCCCCUUCCCCCAGGCAGCCCCGACACCAGGCAGCCCCGACACCAGGCAGCCCCUUCCCCCAGGCAGCCCCGACAACAGGCAGCCCCACCAGGCAGCCCCUUCACCCAGGCAGCCCCGACAACAGGCAGCCCCGACAACAGGCAGCCCCGACAACAGGCAGCCCCGACAACAGGCAGCACUGACACCAGGCAGCACCGACACCAGGCAGCCCCUUCCCCCAGGCAGCCCCGACACCAGGCAGCCCCUUCCCCCAGGCAGCCCCUUCCCCCAGGCACCCCCAGGCAGCCCCUUCCCCCAGGCAGCACCGACACCAGGCAGCCCCUUCCCCAGGCAGCCCCGACACCAGGCAGCCCCUUCCCCCAGGCAGCCCCGACAUCAGGCAGCCCCGACACCAGGCAGCCCCUUCCCCAGGCAGCCCCUUCCCCCAGGCAGCCCCGACACCAGGCAGCCCCUUCACCCAGGCAGCACUGACACCAGGCAGCCCGACACCAGGCAGCCCCUUCCCCCAGGCAGCCCCGACACCAGGCAGCCCCGACACCAGGCAGCCCCUUCCCCGCAGGCAGCCCCUUCACCCAGACAACAGGCAGCCCCUUCCCCAGGCAGGCAGCCCCGACACCAGGCAGCCCCUUCCCCCAGGCAGCCCCUUCCCCACCAGGCAGCCCCCCAGGCAGCCCCGACCAGGCAGCCCCGACACCAGGCAGCCCCUUCCCCCAGGCAGCCCCUUCCCCAGGCAGCCCCGACACCAGGCAGCCCCGACCCCAGGCAGCCCCGACACCAGGCAGCCCCUUCCCCCAGGCAGCCCCGACACAGGCAGCCCCGACCCCAGGCAGCCCCUUCCCCCAGGCAGCCCCGACACCAGGCAGCCCCUUCCCCAGGCAGCCCCGACAACAGGCAGCCCCGACACCAGGCAGCCCCGACACCAGGCUGCCCGACACCAGGCAGCCCCUUCCCCCAGGCAGCCCCUUCCCCCAGGCACACACCAGGCAGCCCCGACACCAGGCAGCCCCGACCCCAGGCAGCCCCGACCCAGGCAGCCCCGACACCAGGCAGCCCCGACACCAGGCUGCCCCGACACCAGGCAGCCCCUUCCCCCAGGCAGCCCCUUCCCCCAGACAACAGGCAGCCCCUACCCCCAGGCAGCCCCUUCCCCCAGGCAGCCCCUUCCCCACACCAGGCAGCCACGACAACAGGCAGCCCCUUCCCCAGACACACCAGGCAGCCCCAGCCCCUUCCCCACAGCCAGGCAGCCCCGACACCAGGCAGCCCCUUCCCCCAGGCAGCCCCUUCCCCCAGGCAGCCCCGACACCAGGCAGCCCCAGGCAGCCCCCCCCAGGCACAGGCACAGGCAGCCCCGACACCAGGCAGCACCGACAGCCAGGCAGCCCCUUCCCCCAGGCAGCCCCGACAACAGGCAGCCCCUUCCCCCAGGCAGCCCCUUCCCCCAGGCAGCCCCUACCCCCAGGCAGCCCCUUCCCCCAGGCAGCCCCGACACCAGGCAGCCCCGACAACAGGCAGCCCCGACACCAGGCAGCCCCUUCCCCCAGGCAGCCCCGACAUCAGGCAGCCCCGACCCCAGGCAGUCCCGACACCAGGCAGCCCCGACGCCAGGCAGCCCCGACACCAGGCAGCCCCGACACCAGGCAGCCCCGACACCAGGCAGCCCCGACCCCAGGCAGCCCCAACACCAGGCAGCCCCUUCCCCCAGGCAGCCCCUUCCCCCAGGCAACCCCGACACCUGGCAGCCCCGACAUCAAUGCAGCGCUCUCAUCAAACCCCCGGGCAGGCGCUGUCUGUCCGUCCAUGCGAAAAGCCAGCACGGCUGGUUGCAGAGAGCAGAGGGGUAAAGCCAGGGACUCUUUGUUAG